AUGGGAAGGGUGAGAUCACGUUCUACUGCUGCGGCACCGUCCCAAUCAGAAAGGGAGGACCGCAUCCACCGAGCAUUAGCCAAAAAAGCGGAGACCAAUAGUAUUCCAUGGACUACGCUCGCACUUGAGUUUGGUGUUCCGGCGUCGACACUGAACGAUAGAUACAACGGUCGCCGAAAUCACCGUGAAGCGCAUGUGGGCCAGCAAAAACUGCCGCCAAUUGUAGAAAAGGCUUUGAAAAGAUGGUGUCAAGACAUGGAUGACAAUGGAUUUCCCCCAAGACUGGAUUUGCUGCGGGGAAUGGUGACUGCAUUAGCGCAGAAACAGGCUAAAGAGGAGGGGCUACCCACUACCGAUGAGUCUACCUACAUUGGCAAAAAAUGGAUAUCCCGAUUCCUAGAUCGAAACCCAGACCUCGCAGCUAAAUUUAGCAACCAGCUAGAUAAUCGGCGUCAAAAUGCAAGCAAUUUGAUUACCCUUCAAGCUACUUUGAUAAGCUUACGCGACUCAUACGUAAGCUGA